AUGUCGGACAGAGCAGAACACCGUGAACGGGAGCCAAAUUCUGUUUCCAAAGGUGACGGCAGGGACGACCGUGACCGUGACCGCGACCGCGACCGUGAUAGGGAUCGUGACAGAGAUAGAGAUCCUCCUUUAAAAGAGUACCUACCAACAAAGGACUAUGCUAAGGACUUUCCACCACGGGAUUAUUCUUCCAGAGAUUAUCCGCGUGGCGACACUGGUUAUCACAACAAGAUUUAUGUUGGUGGCUUGGAAUUCUCUGCAACCAAGGAGGACAUUGCGGAAGUAUUUUCGCGUGCGGGAAAGGUGCUCAACGUGCAGCUGGUGAUGGACCAUGAGACCCAGCGCUCAAAGGGCUAUGCGUUCGUCACGUUUGCGGACGACGAUGCAUAUGAAUAUGCUAUCAAGCGGAUGAACGGCGUCACGGUCAGGGGCAAGGAGGUCAAAGUCAAUAAAGCGUUGAACCCAGACGAAAAGGCUGACCGUGGGCCACCCCGUGACCGGGAUCCUGGCCAUGGCCGUUACAUUCCGCCGCGUCCAUAUAGCAACGAUAGGCCACAUUUUGACAAACCACCCGGCCCGAAGAGCAAGGGUUUCCGCGUCACAAUAUCGGGACUGCCAACGCAUUACACCUGGAGAGAGCUGAAGGACUUCUUGCGCAAUACUACUGCCGCACAACCCACCUAUGCGAAUGUGGAGCGCCCUGGAUACGGCGUGGGCGAGUGGACAUCCUCAGAGGAGCGGCGCAAGGCUAUCGAGCGACUGGAUGGCAUGCGUCUGGAAGGAGGCGAGCUACGCUGUGUGCCGCUGCGUCCUGGGAGUGGGUAUGAUGACCCCGGUUACGGCCGCGGGGAACGCGGCCGUGGCAGUUGGCACGACGACCGGUAUCACCCUGGAUCAUACGAGGGCGGUCGAGGUGGUAGCAGCGCCGGGUACGAUGAUCGUUACCCGGACAAGUAUGGCGGCGCUCGGAGCCCCGGGCCUCGCGUAGGUUACGUUUCGCGCGAUCCGCCCAGCUACGCCGGUCGAGAUGGCCCAGGGUAUGGGCCCAGCGGUGGCUACAGCUCGCGUAGUGGCGGCAACUAUCCACCAACAGGCGGCUACAGCUCGCGCGAGCCUCCUCCGCGUAGCGCUGGUAGUUAUGAUGACCGGUACCCUGACAAGUACGGCGGCGGCAGGGCCGAGUAUCCGGGCGGCGGUGGCGGCGGCGGUCGGCCAGGAGGGUACGAUGUGGAUGGCGGCGGCAGGGGCGGGCGAUACGAUGCUGGUGGCUAUGAUGGGGGCCGCCGGGAGCCAGGGUAUGUCCCGCCGUCAAAGGAGCCCUACGGUGGUCGCGACCGUGAAUUUGCGUUCGCACCUCGCGACGCGCCUUAUGCAGGCACUCGAGGGCCCAGCGGUGGGCGGGAUGUAAUUAACGAUCGGAGGUACGAGGGUAGCGGUGGUGGUUACGAACGUGGUGGUGGGCCUGGUGGUGGCAGUGGAUACGAUAAAGGCCACGACAGAAGUUACGACCGUGGGUACGGAUAUGAGCCCGGCGGUGGCAACUACAAGUCGGGCGGCACAGGAGCUGGCGGAGGUUACGGCGCAUCUGGUCGUACGCCACCUUCCACGGCGCCCGCAGGCCGUAGUGGAGGAGAGCGCGGCGGCAGCAGCUAUCCGCCAGGCGGUUAUGAGAGCAGCGGGCGGGGUGGCCCAGACCGGAAUUACCCAAUCAGCCGGACAGGAGCUUAUGAACGCCCUGCACCCUACUAG